AUGGCAUCUUCUGGUUUCUGUAUCGUCACUGCAGCCUCUCGAGGACUAGUAUUUGCCUUUGCGCGGUAUCUCCUAGCAAAUUCCAAUCUUCCUGUCGUGGCAACUGCACGACGGAACUGUGACGAAGUCCACGACCGACUUUUGAUGGGGAUCAAUUCCAAGGAAAGAUUGCAAGUUCUGCGAGUUGAUGUGACUGACGAAUCUUCCAUCUCCUCCAUGGCAUCUCAUAUUCGCCAUGUUUAUCCAAACAUGCAACUACAUUUGGCACUAACGCUGCCGGGCAUUCUACACGUCGAGAAGUCACCCUCUCAAAUUGACGUAGCCAAUGCAUUACAAAGCUUCCAAGUCAAUUCCCUCGGCACAUUACUCCUAAUGAAAGAUCUAGCAUCAUUCCUGCCAACUAAAUCAUCAUCCCCCUUCGAGGAGACAAGGGGGGGUGGAUUGAACCUCCCUUCCCACGCCAUCUAUGCUAUGAUGGCCGCUCGGGUGGGAUCCAUUUCGGACAAUUCCCCCGGAGGUUGGUAUUCCUAUCGGGCAAGUAAAGCAUCGGUGUUUCAACUGGCGAAGACGUUCGAUCUGCAUCUCUGCACACGCAGUCGGGGUAGGGCGUUGACGGUUGCUUUACAUCCUGGGAUUGUAAGGACAGAUUUUACGAAGGAUUAUUGGGGUGGGAGGGAAAUCUUGGACCCGAGCGAGGCGGCAGAGAAGCUAUCAGGGGUUCUUGCGGAGGGGGUACCGAUAGAGAGGAGAGGGUUAUGUUUUGAUUGGAAAGGGGAGGAAGUGAUACUAUGA